UCAACAUGGUGUGACAGCUACACUUAAACAUGCUGAUCUAUGAUACUAAUAAUUGGUAAGGUUAAGGAGCAAAAGUCUGCUAAAGUUUCAAUUUUCAAACCAAACUAAGUUAUGGGUAAAAACUAGUGGUUAAACACGACGUGUGCAGUUUUGACGAUUAUUAUAAAUGAAAUAAAUGGAUCCUACAAUUGCAAAUAUACCACCACCGGGUUACGGCCCUCCACCAGCAGGUAUAGGGACUUCUCCCGUACUUCCUUCUGUACAGAUACCUUCUAUUGCACCGUUUCCGUCUAUAAUACCGCCAUUCAGCAUACCUCCCCCUGGCUUUAACUCAUUUCCACCACCAGGAUCCGGUAGUUCUGAAUGGUCAGAACAUAAAGCUCCUGAUGGAAGAACUUAUUAUUAUAAUUCAAUAACUAAGCAGAGCUCCUGGCAAAAGCCCGAUUCUCUUAAAACUCCUACAGAGUUACUUCUUUCACAAUGUCCUUGGAAAGAAUAUACAGCAGAUAAUGGGAAAGUAUAUUAUCACAAUAUUAAUACAAAGGAAUCUAGAUGGGUCAUUCCUCAAGAAUUAGAAGAAAUAAAGAAGAAAAUUGCAGAAGAAGAGAGUAAAACAACCUCAGUCACUUUGACGCCUAAAUCAGCAGAAGUUGUAAGUCCAAAUACAAAAAGCAGUACAUCUUCACCAAAAGUUACUACACCUACCCUUUCCAGCCCUGGAAGUAAGAGUGCUCUGGAAGCCUCAAUGGCUGCUACAUUAGCUGCUAUAAAUCUGCCAAAACCACCUGCAGUUUCUAAAGAAGAAGAGCAAACCUCAGCAGCUCAAAGUCAACCAGUUGCUGAUAAUAACAACACAGCUUUAGAACCCAAAGGGUUUAAAGAUAAAAAAGAAGCAAUGGAGGCAUUUAAGGAACUAUUAAAAGAAUACAAUGUUCCGUCAAAUUCUUCGUGGGAACAAUGCAUUAAAAUAAUACAACAUGACUCAAGAUAUGAAAUGUUCAAAAAACUAAACGAAAGAAAACAGGUUUUUAAUGCCUAUAAGACACAAAAACAAAAAGACGAGAAAGAGGAAAAUAGGCUUAAAACAAAGAAAGCUAAGGAGACACUUGAAGAUUUUCUGAUGAAUUCUGAUAAAAUUUCAUCGGCUACGAAGUAUUAUAAAUGCGACGAAAUAUUUGCAAAUUUGGAGGUGUGGCAAGCAGUACCCGAUACAGACCGAAGAGAAAUUUAUGAGGAUGUAGUAUUUACUCUUGCAAAGCGAGAGAAAGAGGAAACAAAGGUUUUGAAAAAACGCAAUAUGAAGAAAUUGUCAGAAGUAUUGGACAGUAUGACUGAAAUUCAGUACGAUACGACAUGGAGCGAAGCCCAAGCGAUGCUUUUAGGCAACGACUCAUUUAAAAAUGACGUUAAUUUACUGGCAAUGGAUAAAGAAGAUGCUUUAAUAGUAUUUCAAGAACACAUUAAAGACCUUGAAAAGGAAUAUUUGGACGAGAAGGAGAGGGAAAAAAGACGUUAUAAAAGACAGUGUCGUAAAAAUCGAGACCAAUUUUUAUCUCUUUUGGAUGUACUGCAUGAUGAAGGAAAAUUAACGUCUAUGUCUCUUUGGGUAGAGCUUUAUCCUCUUAUUUCAGCAGAUAUACGAUUUUCUGCUAUGUUGGGUAAUAUUCACAAGGUUUUCGUAGGGCAAAGUGGAUCUACCCCAUUAGACUUAUUCAAAUUUUAUGUAGAAGAUUUAAAAGCUCGAUUUCAUGAUGAGAAGAAAAUAAUAAAAGAUAUUUUAAAAGAACGUGAAUUCGAAGUAAAAAUUGAAACAACAUUCGAGCAAUUUGCCACGGUUGUCUGUGAAGAUAAAAGAAGUGCUUCGUUGGAUGCUGGCAAUGUUAAACUUACUUAUAAUUCUUUACUAGAAAAAGCUGAAGUGAGAGAAAAGGAACGCAUAAAGGAAGAAACUAAACGAAUGAAAAAGUUGGAGGGAGCUUUCAAAAAUUUAUUACGAGAAAUGAAUAUAGACUAUGAAUUAUCAUGGGAAGAAGUUAAGGCUAAAAUAGAAAACGAAGAAGAAUUUUUGGCGUUCGAGUCUGAUAGCGAACGAAUUAAAGUGUACAAGGAUUUCCAGCAUGAGAUGGAAGAGUCUUGCAGUCAUCAUCACUCACGAUCUCGUAAAUCAAAGAAGAAAAAGAGUAAAAAAUACCGAUCAUCAAGUACCAGUGAAUCUGAAUUGGAUAAAGCAAAAAAAUCGUCUUCACACGGUCACCAUAAAGCAAAAAGUUAUAGUUCUAGUGAAGAAUUGAGUGAAGAAGAACACAGCGUAACCAACAAAAAAAAGAAGAAGAAGAAACACAAAAAGAAAAGUGUCAGUAGAAGUCCAUCUCGAGAGUCCAUAAGUAAUAGCAACUCUACAUUGAAAAGAUCAUCUCGCAGAACACCCCAAGAAAACGAAACUGGAAACGUAGCUUUCACAGAAGCUGAUCUUGAGAAGCAGAGGGCGUUACUCUUAGCACAACUUAAAGAACCCGAAAGUGAUUAAUGACUACUCUGCUAUUAAUAUUAAUAAAAUACUUUUAAU